UACACUCUUAAUUUCAUCUUAAUUAGAUCCUCUAAUUUGAUCAUGGAUUAUAUUUCAGCUUUAGAACAAGACAUAGAGAACAAUGUAAACAAUAAGCAAUUUCUUCCAAGAAAGCCUGCUAGACAACCAAAUCAAGUCGUAAAGAGAAAAUUGCGUCGAGGAUCAGCCGCAGCUAGAAUUCCUGGAAAGCAAACUGAGCUAUACACAAAUAAGGAGCUAUUGAGAACUAUUGCUUUCUUGGCAAAUGCUACACAGCCUGAGAAAGCAUUGACUUACAAUAAGGCCUAUGUCAAUGAUGAGAACGAAGAGUGGAUCACACAUAGUGGGGAUGAGAGUGAUUCUUUGGUUCAUGAUGAAAAGGGAAAACAAGAACCUCAUAUGUCAAUACAAAAAUCUAGCAGCAACAUUAACAACAACAACAACUACUACUACAUCAAUAAUCGUAAAAAGAAAACCAGCCAAAUUGACAGGACAAAGGCAAACAAGGAAUGUGAUGGUGUUACUCGUUCCUCCUCCCACGUGAUAUACGUGAAAGACACGAUUCAAACAUUAGAUUGCAAUCAAGAACAACGAUUAACAGAAAAACUUCACACCUCUUGCAAAGGAUUUAUACAGUUCUGUUCAGCACAGAUAAUUUGUCCACAAGAAGAUCGUUCUGCAUUGGCAAUAAAGCUAUAUGGAAUUCAAGCAGCACUAUUAUCAGCUUUGGGAAAUCCAUUUGAAAAUCUAUCUCAAUCAAGUUCAAAAAACAGUUCACAAAUACUUGUAGUAAGUUUAGGGAAAGCAUUUACUGGAUUCUUACCAGCAAUGAUUUGGACUGGAAUGAUCACAGUGAGUUUUUUGUACACAAUGAUGGUAGUUUGGUCUUUGAAUUUUCGGGUUCCGAUUAUUGCAAUGCUUUGUCUUUCUCUUUUAUAUUGUUUGUCUGUGUUGGUGGCUGCAGCUUCAGGGUUUAAUGUCAUAUGGGGUACAUUUAGAAUUAAUGGUAUCUUAUUUGCUUCUUUAGGAGUUCUUAGUUUUGUUUUGAUCCUUUUUGUUUUGGUCAUGUUUGUGCUUUUUGCUUGCUGGCAACGCACAAAUGAAGAUGAAAGAUAAAAGUUACUACUUGGUGUUUGUUUUAACACCAUUCUAGGCCUAUGUUUCGUUUGGUAUCACGCUCGGUAUGACAGAAUCACGAGGAUCCACCGUGAUUUUUCACAAGCUAUACUCUGAAGCUUCUGCAACACCAUAGUGGAUCGUCGUAAUUUUAACAUACUCACCGUGAUACAAAACUUCCACUAGUAUUAAUAUCUUUUUAUUCCAUUGUAUUUGUAUAAAAAUAAAAAUAGUCCACAUAUGUACAAAAUACAUUCUCAUGA